AUGGCUCUAUCGCGCUUAUCUUCUUCUUCCUUCAAACCCUUCUCCGCCGCCUCCAUUUUCAACCGUCCGAUAUCCUCCGACACAACCGCCUCUCUCACAAUCGAAACCUCCCUCCCCUUCACCGCGCACAAUUGCGACCCUCCUUCCCGCUCCGUCACCACAUCCCCCUCCGAGCUUAUCCAAUUCUUCCGCACCAUGGCCCUAAUGCGCCGAAUGGAAAUCGCCGCCGAUUCACUCUACAAAGCCAAACUCAUCCGCGGCUUCUGCCACCUCUACGACGGGCAGGAAGCCGUCGCUGUCGGUAUGGAAGCCGGAACAACGAAAAAGGACUGUAUAAUUACUGCUUACCGUGAUCACUGUACUUUUCUCGGGCGCGGCGGAACCCUACUGGAGGUUUAUUCGGAGCUUAUGGGGAGAAGAGAUGGGUGUUCGAAAGGGAAAGGCGGUUCCAUGCAUUUUUAUAAGAAGGAUUCUGGGUUUUAUGGGGGGCAUGGGAUUGUUGGGGCUCAGGUUCCUUUGGGGUGUGGUUUGGCUUUUGGGCAGAAGUAUUUGAAAGAUGAGAGUGUUACUUUUGCUUUGUAUGGGGAUGGUGCUGCUAAUCAGGGACAGCUUUUUGAGGCUCUUAAUAUUGCUGCUCUUUGGGAUCUUCCUGCUAUUUUGGUUUGUGAGAAUAAUCAUUAUGGAAUGGGAACUGCUGAGUGGAGAGCUGCUAAGAGUCCUGCUUACUACAAGAGAGGGGAUUAUGUUCCUGGAUUGAAGGUAGAUGGCAUGGAUGUUCUUGCGGUGAAACAAGCUUGUAAAUUCGCAAAGGAGCAUGCUUUGAAGAAUGGGCCCCUUAUUCUUGAAAUGGACACUUAUAGAUACCAUGGUCACUCCAUGUCGGAUCCUGGAAGCACAUACCGAACACGUGAUGAAGUUUCUGGUGUGAGACAGGAGCGUGAUCCAAUUGAGAGAGUUAGAAAGCUGUUAUUGUCUCAUGACAUUGCUACUGAAAAGGAGCUUAAGGAUACCGAAAAAGAAGUCCGAAAAGAAGUUGAUGAAGCCAUUGCUAAAGCAAAGGACAGUCCAAUGCCAGAUCCAUCUGAUCUAUUUACCAAUGUAUAUGCUAAAGGAUACGGAGUUGAGGCAUUUGGUGUUGAUAGGAAAGAAGUGAGAGUUACGUUGCCAUAA